AAACCAGCUCAAGCUGCCGCCGUUAGUAAAAAAACGCAAGAGAAGAAGAAGGAAAAGAUAAUUGACGACAAGACAUUUGGUUUGAAGAACAAAAAGGGAGGAAAACAACAGAAAUGUAUCAAGAAUGUCUCUCAGCAAGUCAAGCAAGUUCCUGGUAGUAAGGUUGGUGCGGAAGGGGACAAGAACAAAAGGGUGACAAGAAAAAAGAGUUGGAUGAGCUGAACUAACUUUUCAAGCCAGUGGUGGCUGCUCAGAAAGUCGCUAAAGGGGUGGACCCAAAAUCAGUUCUCUGUGCCUUCUUCAAGCAAGGCCAAUGCACCAAGGGAGACAAGUGCAGGUUCUCCCACGAUUUGACACUCGAGAGGAAGUGUGAGAAACGGAGCCUCUAUUUUGACAAGAGAGAAGACGAGCUUGAGAAAGAUACCAUGGAUAAUUGGGAUGAGAAGUAG